GCGUACCUUGGUUCCACCAUCACCGUUGGCAAACUUGUGAGUUUUGUAGAGGGUUUUGUGAAUGACCUGCUGGAAGCGAGGACUACAAGUUCGGACAUGGAGAUUGAAGACUUUGUUUGUGUUGGGAGCUUACACGAGCAAUGGGCUUCAAGAAAGUGCUUCAUGUGCGACAUACAUGUACCUGUUGUCCAUCCAAAGCCAUAUACUUUUGAGUUUGAGCUUUUGAAAGAAAGUAGAGGUUCUUCAACCAUCCAGUACUGUUGCAGAGUCAGGAUGGUCAAAGGUGAUGCCAGUUCAACCAUCUGCCCUUGCAGCAAUUCCAGCUUAGAUGAUGAUGAUACGUUGUGUCUUCUACAUCCAAAUAAAAAAGAUAAUGUGACUGAAAAGUACAUUAAGGGCAUUCUAUGCCUAGAAAAUAGCUCAUAUCUUGCUAAAAAGUAUGUUCUGAAGUGGUUUAAGACAGCCGUUAAGAAAGCAUGGGAUGAGAUCAGCUACAAGUAUGAGUUUGACCUCAUAUUCCAGAAUAGCGAAAACCCUGGAAAUCUCAAAGUUCGUUUCAGGUCAGGUCGGGUCAUACUGUUCAAUCUCACAUCUGUGGUCAGAUUUAAAGACUCAGAGGUAUAUCUGAUCACGUAUUCUCCCUCUGCCAUAUUCUCACACACCCGUUGGUCUGAAUGUUUAAAGGGGGGGUGAAAUUACACUGAGUUUUUUACACUGUUAAAAGAGUUGGAUUCCCAUGCUAAACAUGGACAAAGUUUCAAAAAUUAAGUUGUACGUUUGAAGGAGUAUUUCUGUUCCAAAAAUACUCCUUCCGGUUUGUCACAAGUUUCGGAAAGUUUUUUUUUUCGAGUAUGGCUCUGUGUGACGUUAGAUGGAGCGGAAUUUCCUUAUAUGGGUCCUAAGGGCACGUCUGCCGGAAGAGCGCGCGCGCUCCCGUAUAGCAGAGCACUGACUGAGAGCACAGACAUUCACUGAUCAGAGCGAGAGCAUCGCGAAAUGUCACAAAAGGAGUGUGUUUUUGGUUGCCAGGCCAAGACAACCCUUCACAGAUUACCAAAAGAGAAACAGCAUUAAGGGACCAGUGGAUGGAGUUUAUUUUUACAGAGGAUCAACGGAGUUGUGCAAGUGUUUGUGUUUGUUCCCUGCAUUUCGAAGAUGCUUGUUUUACAAACAAGGCCCAGUUUGACGCCGGAUUUGCACAUCAUUUAUUUCUUAAGGAUAAUGCAGUCCCAACGAAAAAGGGUCACGAUCGUGUGUUGGAACCGCAUUCGGUGAGUAAAACUGCUUCAAAUAUCUCUGUGUUGUUAACUUAGCUGUCGGCGCGUAACGUUAAGCACAUCAAGUAAACAACAUGCGAUGUUGUCAUCAAACUGCACUUUCCACAUGUACAGCUUAUAAAAAAAAGACGACUAAGUGGAACUUAGUCAUUUUCCAAAACUGCUAAGCAAAUAUAUACAGUUUCAGUACAUACCACAUAGAGAUGUCAUUGCUGAUGCUGCUCUUGUUAAAUUUCAGCCUCUUUAUCUGAUUCUGGAUCAUAAAUAUACGCUGAAUCUGACUGUUAGCCAUGGUUUGUUUUGGUUGGUUUUGUCCUCACCAUAAUGAGACACAGCUUCCAAACGCUCUCAACGCAAAAGCCUACUGGCGCUCGUGAUUCUUUAGCUCCGCCCACACGUCACGCCUCCAGCCGGUCGUUUUUUUCCGGGAAAAA